AUGUACAUACACACACGUACGUACAUAAACACACACACACACAUACACAUGUACACAGACACGUACAGAUACACACAUGUACAUACACACACACAUGUACAUGCAUACACAGACACACACAAAAAACACACACACACCCCCAUAAAAAGUUGCAGUACUUCGUUGUUCACUCAGGGUACUGCACUCUAGGAGGAGGCAGAGAGCACUCACUGUGCUCAGCUAUUGAGCAGUCUGACGGCUCAGAGUGCCAAUGACAGAUCCGACCUGAGCUCCGAGCCUGCUCAGCAAGACUGCCCUGGGGGACACACUUGCCCCCACCAUAAUUUCCACUUGCCAUUGGUGAGUAGGCGAGUGGAAUUUUCAAGCCCUGGGCUAAAGGC